UGCUCAUAAUAAACUUCCUCCCUCCAUCAGCUCCUCCCCUCCAAUCAUCAUCAACUACCAGUCUCUGCCAUGAGCCGCCCCUCCACCGCCAUGGCCAGCCUCCUCCUCCUCCUGUUAUUCGCCGUUGCCGGCCUCUCCUCUGCCGCUCGGAACCUCGACGGAGACGUCAUAAAGCUCCCAUCCGAGUCAUCCAGAUUCUUCCACAACGAUGGCGACGCCGACGGCGAUUCUGUCGAGACCCGCUGGGCGGUCCUGAUCGCCGGAUCCAGCGGCUUCUGGAACUACAGGCAUCAGGCUGAUGUUUGCCACGCAUAUCAAGUCCUGAAGAGAGGAGGAUUGAAGGAUGAAAACAUUAUUGUGUUCAUGUAUGAUGAUAUUGCAUCCAAUGAAGAGAACCCCAGGCCAGGAGUCAUCAUCAACAGUCCUCAUGGAGAUGAUGUUUAUGGAGGAGUCCCCAAGGAUUAUACUGGCGAAGAUGUCACAGCAAACAACUUUUUUGCUGUUAUACUUGGAAAUAAGAGUGCUCUUACAGGCGGUAGUGGGAAGGUCGUGGAUAGUGGUCCAAAUGAUCACGUCUUCAUAUACUAUUCUGAUCAUGGCGGUCCUGGAGUGCUUGGAAUGCCUGCUGGUCCUUUCCUCUAUGCUAAUGAUUUGAUAGAUGUCUUGAAAAAGAAGCAUGCUUCAGGGACUUAUAGAAGCAUGGUUUUUUAUCUUGAAGCUUGUGAGUCAGGAAGUAUCUUUGAAGGCCUUCUUCCUGAAGGUUUGAACAUCUAUGCUACGACUGCAGCAAAUGCAGAGGAGAGCAGCUGGGGAACUUAUUGCCCUGGAGAGACUCCUGGUCCUCCCCCAGAGUAUGAGACAUGUCUGGCUGACUUGUAUAGUGUUGCUUGGAUGGAGGACAGUGAUGCACAUAACAUGCAGAGGGAAACUUUGCACCAGCAGUAUGAAUUGGUGAAAAGGAGGACUGCUAAUGACAACUCUGCUUACGGUUCCCAUGUAAUGCAAUAUGGUGACAUAAGAUUAAGCAUGGAAAAUCUCUACCUGUAUAUUGGUUCCAAUCCUGCAAAUGAUAAUCUCACUUUUGUGGAUGACAAUGCCUUGAGGCCUUCCUCGAAGGGUGUUAACCAACGGGAUGCUGACCUCCUCCAUUUCUGGCACAAGUUUAAGAAGGCCCCGGAGGGCUCUACCAGGAAAUCUGAGGCUCAAAAGCAGUUUGUUGAAGUUAUGACACACAGAAUGCACGUGGAUCACGGUAUAAAACUGAUAGGGAAGCUUCUUUUUGGAAUCGAGAAAGGUCCAGAGGUUCUGAGCAGUGUUCGAUCUGCUGGACAGCCUCUUGUUGAUGAUUGGAGUUGCCUUAAAGGCCUGGUGAGGACAUUCGAGACUCACUGCGGGUCCCUCUCUCAGUACGGCAUGAAGCAUAUGCGAGCCUUUGCAAACAUCUGCAAUGCCGGGAUUACCAAGCGGCAAAUGGCGGAAGCAUCAGCUCAAGCCUGUGACCGUAUCCCACAAGGUCCUUGGAGCUCUCUCAGCCGAGGGUUCAGUUCAUAAAAAUUCUGACAGAAAAGUGCUCUGCUGAUUUAAAGAAAUCUGUGGAUCAUUCCGCCUCAAAAUUGUUAUUCCAUGUAAAUAGUGUUUGUGGCGCGGAUGCGCUUAAGUAGUUAAGUUCAUUGUACUGGGCACGUUGUCUGGGUAUUUUAAGGGUGGAUCUCUGUAAUGCGGCGGGUUGACACAUACAUUGCCUGCAUUAUCUCCGAAUGGAUUAGUAUCUUUUGCGGAAGACUUUCGGAGUCCGGUAAAAGUACUAGGCACAGGUACUGGAAUAGGGGCAUGGCUUAUCAUUUGACUGAA